AUGCACAACCGACAAGAAAGACUAGGAACUUUGAUGGCCCUCGCAUCAUUUUGCGAGCAUCGCCUACUAGACAUGAUACGGUCUGCCGCCCUGCUAUGUCCAAUCGCUUUUUUGGAUCAGAUUACAUCCAGCAUUGCUAGGGCUUCAGCUGAUGCCUUCGUUGGCGAAGUUUCUUACUGGCUUGGUCUUCAUGAGUUCAAUAUUAUUGGGAGAUCCGGAGACGAACUUCUUUUACAAGUGUGCAAUCAACCUGGUGUUAAUUGCUAUGAUCUGAUAACAUCUUUCACAGGUCGAAAUUGCUGCCUUAAUCCUUCCUCCGUGCGCGUCUUUCUCGACCACGAACCCCAACCUACUGCUAUGAAAAACAUGAUCCACAUGGCGCAGAUGAUACGGAGAGGGACGAUCGCGAAAUACGACUACGACAGCUACGAAGAGAACAUGAAACACUACGGGCAAGCGCAUCCUCCGGCCUACAACAUGUCAAACAUCCCGAACAACUUCCCGUUGUUCCUCAGCUAUGGCGGUCGGGACGCGCUUUCUGAUAGCAACGACGUCAGGCACCUACUGAAAAUGCUCAAGUGCCACCACAAGACCAAGUUGAAGGUUCGGUUCCUGCAAAACUACGCGCACGGCGAUUUCGUCAUGGCCGUCAACGCAAAGCAACUCGUCUACGAUCCGCUUAUUUCAUUCCUUAACCUUUUCUGAGAAGUGUAAUAUAUGUAGUUGUGCAAAAGAAACAAAGAAGAAAAAUUCAACAGCAAAGAUUACAAUUAUAGUCUCUACUAGAGCACAUUUGCACAUGUCAUGAUAAUCGUCUACAUGAAGCGGUUCGGCUGGAUGCGGAAGUUCUUCUGCGCAGUUAUAUAAGCUAAGAGGACGGGAUCGUCGGUGCGGUAACUAGUCGCGGUUUUGCGAAAUAGCUCGUCGCAGUAGACGGGGCACGAAGUAGUACAAGUCUCCGCGUUGUAGCAACUAAACAUCUUCCUCUUGAGCUUCUUUGCGUACUUGAUGAUCACAUUCCGUGCCAUAUACUAUUAUCCAAUGGUGAUA